AUAGUUUAUCACCGCUCCAAUAUACUGAAUAAUAUCGCUUCCAUCGGUCAGCACAUUACUAUUAGCCUUGACCUUGUCCCUGCAUCGUUCGAUGACAGUCUAUCUCAUCUCAACUCCCCAGUGGAAGAGCACGCAGCUUCCAGGCGCCAAGUUUUAAAAAAGAGAGCUCAUUUUCAAUCCAAUCUUCAAGAGAAAGUGUCACUCGCUCGAUUCACUCUUUCACACUUGCGCCGAAUGUCUCCAAGGUCUAAAUUAGAUAUGCUUCUCCGAAUUUACCUGCCUCCCUCGAAUUCCUCUUUACCUCACGAUUUAUCCUCUCAUCUCUCAGGAAAGGAUGCGGCCGUUUUAGGCUCCAGUCGAUCUGAUCCCCCUAUUUCAUCUUCACUUUCUACUGAGGAAUAUUAUUUUGAGGUAGAAGAUAUCUACAGUCAAUUUUGUGAUGUCUUUGUUCGUCGCCUCGUACCUAUGAUAGCAGACAUCCUUUUUGAGGAGUCUUUGCGAUUAGUAAAGUCUAUUUCUCCGCAAGACUUACCUGGGUCAAAAACGUUGCUUCAAACUGACCUAUUCCUUCUCGAUUAUCCACAUCGGGUUGUUGACUUUGCACUGGCAGUAUCCUCGAAUUCGAUGGUUUGUGUCUGGAAGGAGCGAUUUAAUCAGCUCUUCAUUGAUUGUUUAUCAAUAUCAGCUGCCUACUAUGGCCUACCCUGUAUUAAACACCUUCUAUCCUGGCAUCAGAAAGGGACUUUGACAAAUAUUCUUAGAGAGGAGAGGAUCAAAUUACAUAUGCGUGUUCAUACAAACGAAACAGAAUGCCUGCGCGAACUGGAACUCGACGACAGACGCCGAGAGCUCGAUGUACUGGAAAUAUUCAGUAAGUCCAUUCAAGGUUGA